AUGAGAGCCCUAACUUCUAUAAUCAUAACUGAAGCUGGUAUCACAGAACUGCCAGAAUCAAUAGGGAUGUUGGAAAAUCUUACCAUGUUACAGUUGGACAGAUGUAAGCAGUUCUGUAAGCUUCCAGCUUCAAUAGGACAGUUAAAGUCCUUGCACAGAUUGCUGAUGGUGGAAACUGCAGUGACAGAACUACCUGAAAGCUUCGGAAUGCUUUCUUGUUUAAUGGUUUUAAAUAUGGGAAAGAAGCAUCAAAAGAGGGAAGACACAGAAGAGAUUAAUUUUAUAGUCCCAGCUUCUUUCUCAAAUCUAUCCUUGCUAUAUGAACUGCAUGCUCGUGCUUGUAAUAUAUCUGGUAAAAUUGCAGAUGAUUUUGAGAAGUUGUCAUCACUCGAAAUCUUGAAUCUAGGCCGUAAUAAAUUUUCCAGCCUUCCAGCCAGCCUGAGGGGCCUGUCUCUUCUCAAAAAGCUUCUAUUACCUCACUGUAAAAAGCUCAAGGCUCUGCCUCCGCUUCCCUCGAGUUUAGAAGAGGUGGAUGCUGCAAACUGUAUUUCAUUAGAAAGUAUCUCUGACAUUUCAAACCUGGAGAACUUGGUGAUGCUGAACCUUACAAGUUGUGAGAAAGUUGUGGACAUUCCAGGACUCGAAUGCUUGAAGUCCUUGGUAAGGUUGUAUGCAAGUGGUUGCACAGCUUGCUCAUCAGCUAUUAAGAAAAGGCUUGCUAAGAGCUACAUGAGGAAAAUACGCAAUCUUAGCAUGCCCGGGAGCAAGAUACCAGACUGGUUUUCUCAAGAUGUGGUUACAUUCUCCGAAAGAAAAAACUGUGUUCUCAAAAGUGUGAUCAUAGGUGUUGUAGUCUCUCUCAACCAGAAAAUACCCGAUGACAUAAGAGAAGAACUUCCCGCAAUCGUGGACAUUCUAGGACAGAUCCUCAUACUGGAUUGUCCUACCUUCACUUCAGCUUUGAUCUUAUUGGGAGUGCCAAAUACAAAUGAAGACCAAGUUCACUUGUGCCGAUACCCAAUUCACCAUCCCUUGGUUUCUCAGUUGAAAGAUGGUUACAAGAUACAUGUAAUGCAAAGAGAGCCGCCGAUGAUGAAAGGGGUUGAGCUGAAGAAGUGGGGGAUCCAUUUGGUCUAUGAAGGUGAUGAUGAUUAUGAGGGAGACGAAGAAUCAUUAAAUGAAAGCCAGCAAUCUCCUUCAGAAAAGAUGGCAAGGUUCUUCAGCUCUUUUGAAGAAGGUGACUGA